CAUACUGCAUGCAUGGCAGUCAAAACCAACCGCUCACGAAAUAAGAAUGCUACUUCUUAAAGACCGAUAUCAUUAGGCGACAAAAUUGGAAUCCCACUGUCAAGUAAAAUGAGUAAGCUGUCCAGUUCAUAUAUACAAUAUCUAUAAACAGGUGAGGAGCAGAGAAUGCAGAUCCACCAUUAAACCUCGCGAGAUUAGCAAUGUAACGGAGGAAUAGGGGUUGGUUUGAAGUUUUAGGACGCAUCUGUUGAUGAAUCAUAACAGCACUAAAAUGUCUGGAAGAUCGGGCCGGGCAGAGACACGAAGUCGUGCCAAAGAUGACAUUAAAAAGGUUUUGGCGGCUAUUGAGAAAGUCCGCAAAUGGGAGAAGAAGUGGGUAACAGUUGGGGACACGUCUUUACGUAUAUUCAAGUGGGUUCCAGUAACAGAAACUAAACAGAUAUAUCGAACCAAAUCCACAGGUGGAACGGUGCGGGGCCUAAAGGAUGUGGCCUUAGAAAACACCUCAAACUCCCUACUGGAUCUCAACGAUGAGAACAGCAACCAAAGCUUUCUGUCAGACGUCGUCUACCAGCCCAAGAUGGACAACAGCAGCAGCAACUCCAGCUCACAGCACCUUAGUCCUCCCCACCCAUCCAGCCUCCGCACAGACGACGCUCCACCCCCCAUGCUGGGCCAGGAGAGUGUGGAUGUAUCUCCUUUUCUUACCUUGAACACAGAGUCAAGCCUCCCAGGCCAGGAAGGGGCAGACGAACCUCCUACGCUGAUCAAGGAAGAACUUUCCUCAGGCACAGCCCAGCGUGGGGCUUUGGGCACACAGGAAGAAACCGAUGGAGCACCUCCGUUAAAGAAAGUUUGCGCGGGAGAAAAUGUUGUGCUGAGAUAAUGCACUAUUUUUCAGCUUUUGUAGCAAAGUACAUAGGUCUCAGUUACUUGGAUUAUUUGGCAAAUUAUAAUAGAUUAUAUAAAGUAUCAAAAGCAUUCAAAGCCUUUUUAAUGCAUUUAUACAGAUUUAUUGCCCUCACAUUUACGACACGCAAGAAAAAUGUAUCCUACACUUUGGAAUAAUCUGCUUUCUUAUAAAAUCUUCAUAUUUAUGUAUGCACCGGUGAAGGAAGAAUGUUUUAAAAUCUGUUUUAAAUCCAAUUUAUACUUGAGGGCGAUUUAAUGGUAAAUGCUACACAAAUUGAUAUACCACAAAAGCUUUCAUUGAAAAUUUGCCAACAAAUGUCCAUUCAAGAUCACUUAACAGUUUUAAAUGGUGUAAUGUUAUUGUAGAAGAAUGUAUGAUGGUGUUCUGGUCAUCACCGUUUUAAUAAUUAUGAAACAAAUAAUAGUGUCUGCAUUAUUGUGUUUGCUUUUGAGCCUUGAGAUUAAUUUUGUACUGCUUUUACUGGAUUCAUACAAUCCUACAUCAAGCCCAGCUUACAACCAGAAGUACAAUUGGUUAAUUAAAACACCUUGAAUACAGCAUGUAUAUUUGAACUAUAUUCUAUAAACCUACAUUUUGAGUGUAAUUUGCAAAUGUUUCUUGUGAAAACUUCUCAAAGCCAUAAUAAAUUGUCAUUUGUCACAUUUAAA